UCUUCUAACUCUCUUCUCUACACCAUUUAAGGAAACCAAGGCCAAUUUUCCCUUGUCCCUCUUCUCCUAGUCUAGCCAACUAUCUUUACGAAGACAUGAAUCUAUCCGUAAAUGGUGAAUCACAAGUACCUCCUGGCUUCCGUUUCCAUCCAACUGAGGAAGAGCUCCUUCACUAUUACUUGAGAAAAAAGAUCGCUAACGAAAAAAUUGAUCUUGACGUAAUCCGUGAAGUAGACCUCAACAAAAUCGAACCAUGGGACAUUCAAGAAAAGUGCAAAAUAGGAUCGACACCACAAAAUGAUUGGUACUUGUUCAGUCAUAAGGACAAGAAGUAUCCGUCAGGGAGUCGUACCAAUCGUGCCACUGCUGCUGGAUUCUGGAAGGCUACGGGUCGAGACAAAGUGAUAUACGGAAAUUCUAAGAGAAUAGGAAUGCGAAAAACCCUAGUCUUUUAUAAAGGACGUGCCCCUCAUGGCCUCAAAUUAGAUUGGAUCAUGCAUGAAUAUCGCCUUGACGACAUCUCCACACCCCAACAUCAGGCCGCCCUCAACUUUUGUGCCUCAGAAUCAGCUGCUCCGGAAGAGAGCUGGGUGGUCUGCCGUGUUUUCAAGAAGAAGAGUGCUCUUGAAAUCCCUCAAAGCUCCUCUGCUGUGUCUAAAACACUUAUUCAUGAGAAUUCAAGCAAUCAUGACGGUGUUCUUGAUCAAAUACUCAUGUACAUGGGAAGAUCAUGCAAACAACAACAACAUGAAACCAAAAACAGCUAUAUCCAGGAGGUCAACAACAACAACAACGACAACACAAACAUUCAAUUUGUUAAUAAUAUUGAAGGUAGUUUCCUACACCUUCCAGAGCUGGUAAAUCAUCAUCAAGAUUGCAGCUUUGAUGAGAUGAUCAUCAUGUCAACAGGAACAGAGGAUCGACAUUAUUCUUGCAUGAUUAAUAAUUACCAAGAGGAUGAGGAGGAGGCUGAUAGAAAAAUUAUUGAACCUACUUGUGACUGGUUAGCCCUGGUGGCUUCUCAACUUAAUGACCAUCUCCAAGUACCAACCAACAAUAAUACUACUCGAUCCAAUGAUGAUGAUGUUGAAUUUUGGAGCUAUACGCAAUCAUCAUCAACCUUUGAUCCACUAAGUCAAUUCUCCGUAUGAAUCAUACUAAGAUAAACACGUACUGUAUAACAGUAUACUAUAUCCAAAACAGAACGUACGAGCCUAGUUCUAAGUCAAUAGAGGAUAGUAUGCUACUUUAGGUCAAUAGAGGAUAGUAUGCUACUUUGAGUGAUGCGUAUAAUUAACGAUGUACACUAUUUUGAGUAUUAACGUUCCUAAUACAUACUAAACAUUGU